CAAGGAACCAGGCAGACUCAACUUUCUGCUAACCCAUACGCUUCGUCUCCACGAUCAGAUGUGUCAGCGCGCUCGCAGCCUUCUCGAUCGUCGUCUGCGGCAAAGAGCACUCAAGUCACGUCGUGGGUUAAGGAGGACUCCUGGUUAUCUCAGCGGUAUGGGAGAAAACGUUUCGACAGACCGAGGACCGCACAGUUGCCCCUUGGUGCGGCCUCAGCGCCGUUUGGGAUCAGCCUGGAUUGACCGGCCACUUCAAGUUCUCAGGCGCGAUCGUAGCCUUAGUGCCUCGGACUCGUAACACAUGAUAAGUUCCGAAACUU